AUGAAGUACGUCCUUGUCACCGGCGGGGUGGUUAGCGGCCUGGGCAAGGGCGUCACGGCCAGCAGCAUCGGCGUCAUCCUCAAGGCGUGCGGCCUCCGCAUUACGUCCAUUAAGAUCGAUCCUUACCUUAACACCGAUGCUGGAACUAUGUCUCCAUUCGAACAUGGUGAAGUGUUCGUGCUGGAUGAUGGUGGUGAGGUGGACUUGGAUCUUGGUAAUUACGAGAGGUUUCUGGACAUUAAACUUACUCGGGACAAUAAUAUAACCACCGGAAAGAUCUAUCAGUCUGUAAUUGACAAGGAGAGGAAAGGGGAAUACUUGGGAAAGACUGUCCAGGUUGUGCCACACAUCACAAAUGCCAUACAGGAGUGGAUCGAGCGUGUUGCUAUGAUACCAGUUGAUGGCAAGGAGGGACCUGCUGAUGUCUGUGUGAUAGAACUGGGGGGCACUAUAGGCGAUAUUGAAUCCAUGCCAUUUAUUGAAGCUUUGGGUCAGUUCUCUUAUCGUGUUGGUCCUGGCAACUUCUGCCUGGUGCAUGUCAGUCUAGUUCCAGUUUUGAAUGUUGUUGGUGAGCAGAAAACAAAGCCAACCCAGCAUAGCGUACGUGGUUUGAGGGGACUCGGGCUCACCCCAAAUAUUUUAGCUUGCCGCAGUACUAAGGAGUUAGAGGAUAAUGUGAAGGAGAAACUCUCCCAGUUUUGCCAUGUGCCGGCAGCAAAUAUUAUCACUUUGUAUGAUGUUUCCAAUAUCUGGCGCAUACCUUUGUUGCUACGGGACCAAAAGGCUCAUGAGGCUAUUCUUAAAGUUCUGAAUCUGGAAAGGGUGGAUAGCAUCGCUCGAGAGCCAAAGUUAGACGAAUGGGUUGCAAGAGCUACUAUAUUUGAUACCCUUCAUGACACUGUGAGAAUUGCUAUGGUUGGGAAGUACACUGGCCUAUCAGAUUCAUACCUCUCUGUGUUGAAAGCCCUCUUGCAUGCAUCUGUUGAUUGCCGCAGGAAGCUUGUUGUUGAUUGGGUUGCUUCAACGGAUCUUGAGGACUCCACAGCAAUUGAGGUUUGGCACAGUAGUUUAGUAUUCAAUGUGCUAAGUCUUGAGGGGGCAGAUGGAAUUGUGGUACCUGGUGGCUUUGGUGACAGAGGUGUUCAAGGGAAAAUUUUGGCUGCUAAGUAUGCCCGUGAAAAGAAUGUCCCGUAUCUUGGUAUAUGUCUUGGGAUGCAGAUUGCUGUGGUGGAGUAUGCUCGUCAUGUCAUGAAUCUCACUGAUGCGAACAGCACUGAAUUUGAUCCAAAUACUAAGACCCCUUGUGUUAUUUUUAUGCCUGAGGGUUCCAAAACACAUAUGGGUGCGACAAUGCGCUUAGGAUCAAGGAGGACAUUUUUCAAGAUUGCUGAUUGCAAGUCUUCUAAAUUGUAUGGCAAUGUCACUUAUGUUGAUGAAAGGCAUCGCCACAGAUAUGAGGUUAACCCUGAUAUGGUUCCAGAGUUCGAAAAUGCUGGACUUCAGUUUGUUGGCAAAGAUGAUACUGGAAGAAGGAUGGAGAUUAUUGAAAUACCCAACCACCGAUAUUUUGUUGGCGCUCAAUUCCAUCCUGAGUUCAAGUCAAGACCUUCAAAACCUUCUCCCCUAUUUGUGGGACUAAUUGCGGCUGCAUCUGGGCAGCUGGAUAGGGUGCUGCAAGACUGCAGCAAUGGUCAUGUUGUUGCAGCUAAACAUGUUCUGAGCAAUGGCUCAUAUACAUCCACAGUACACCAAAAUGGACACCCAAAGAAGCUUGCCAAUGGUCUCUCAAACGGAACAUACUAUGCCAAUGGCAAUGGUGUGCAUGCUUAG